AUGUGUCAUACUAACCUCAAGAAGGAUGAUCUUCCAAUCAUCGACAAAGAGUACCUUGAUUGUGUUUUAGAGACCUUCGAACGCCUCGUGUGCAAAUGCGACCGCCCUAUCGACAUGGACCAUGAUGUACUUCAUUCUAAGCUUGAAGAAUUUGAAAACAUCCAUGAGGACCUGGAAAAAUUUUAUGGUCGAGUGAAACCUGAAUACCGAGACUUCUUUUUGAUCAGCCGCAAGAUGCCCAUUGUCAUCGUCUUCAUCCAGCUGCGUCGCCUUGAUGAGACUAUGGAGAUUCUCAAGCAAACCAUUUCACGAGAGCACACGUCCAACAACCAAACGUCCAACAAGCACACGUCCAACAAGCACGCGCUCAACAAGCACACGUCCAACAAGCACACGUCCAACAAGCACACGUCCAACAAGCACACGUCCAACAAGCACACGUCCAACAACCACACGUCCAACAAGCACACGUCCAACAAGCACGCGCUCAACAACCACACGUCCAACAACCACACGUCCAACAACCACACGUCCAACAAGCACACGCGCAACAACCAAACGUUCAACAAGUACGCGUCCAACAAGCACACGUCCAACAAGCACACGUCCAACAAGCACGCGCGCAACAAGCACACGUCCAACAAGUACGCGUCCAACAAGCACACGUCCAACAAGCACGCGCGCAACAACCACACGUUCAACAACCACACUUCCAGCAAGCACACGUUCAGCCACACGUAUUUCUCUCUUCUCUCUCUCUCUCUCUCUCUCUCUCUCUCUCCCUCCUCUCCCUCUCUCUCUGAAACUCUCUCUCUCUCUCUCUCUCUCAAAAACUCUCUCUCUCAAACUCUCUCUCCCUUUUGUUCACACACACGUGUCUGUGAUUCAGCUCAACACACACAUUCUCUCUCUCUCUCUCUCACACCUCUCACACACACACACACAAACGCGCCUGAGACUCGAAACGGCAGCGCGGUGAAGAGUCCCGUGUUUGAGAUUGCCUGGCUACAAAUCGGCACCAUGGCCGAGGCAGCAGAGACGGCGCCUGUCAAGCUCAAAACCUCGUACGACCCCUGCUUCACACCGCAUCCGCCCGGAAAUGCCCUCGGCCUCACGCUUGCCCUGAUGCACUUGAUGUGUUUCAGCUAUAAAGUGGCUGCGCGUGCUGAAGCGCUGUGCACCGGUGGGAAUUUGCAAGUGACAGAGGAUGGCACCUCCAUCUUUGCCAUCUGCGCCACCGAGGUCAACCAAAUCGAUACACAGACCGGUCGCAAGCUGCAGAGUAUCGAUGGCGACUCGAGUGCCGUGACCUGCAUUGCUCUUGCCCCGGAUGGCGACGCCCACCAGGCUCCUGUGCUGGCCAUGUCCUUUGACAAAACUUCCACCCUGCUUGCCACGGGCUCGGCCGAUGCCACCAUCAAAGUUUGGGACGUGCGCCAAGGCUUCUGCACUCACAACUUCAAGGGUUCUCAAGGCAUCGUCUCCUGGGACCUCAACGAGAGCAAAGCCCGUAAGGUCUUCAAAGGUCACAUGUCGGUCGUCACCGCCAUCCAGUUUGACAGUACUGGCAAGCAACUGGUCACGGCCAGCCGUGACCGCGUCAUGAUGACCUGGGAUGUGGCUACGGGUCAAAAUCUUGAUACCGUCCCCACGUUUGAAGUGAUUGAGGACAUGGCACUCGUGCCGGCCCAAAAUUUUGGCUCGGACCUCGCUGCUGUGACCGUGGGCGAGCAGGGGCGUCUUCGUAUUUGGGACCUGAAGAGUGGCAAAGAACUUGCUGCCCAGGCCCUACUGCCUCGGGAGGUGCCCUCCCACAUGCGUCAGAUCCUGCUGUACAACGAGCAUGAGACCGCUGUCGUCCUCACCCACGACCAACAGCUCCAAAUCUUUGACAUGCAAACACAGCAACGAACACGCACGAUUAUGGGGCAUUACGAUGACGUCUUGGACGCCUCCUUUGUGCAAGGAUCGGACAAUGUAGCAGUGGUAGCCACCAACUGCCCAACGUUGUAUGCCGUUGACUUUGCCACAAUGAACGCGACACCUUUGCACGGCCAUGAUGACGUUGUCUUGACGCUUGCCGUGAGCGCUGACGGCCGCUUCAUCGCUUCAGGCAGCAAGGACAACACUGUACGGAUUUGGUACCCGAACGAGGACACAGGUGUUUUUGAGCCUGUAGGCGUGGGCAAGGGCCAUGCGCACGCCGUGGGCGCCGUGGCUUUUUCGUGCAAACGCAAUGCGUUCGUGGUCAGCACUGGCACGGAUACAACGCUCAAGCGAUGGAAGCUGGAUCCGAUUGCACAACGGGCUGAAGGCGAGGUAGUUGAGCUCAAGGCCGAUUACACCGUUCGUGCCCACGAAAAGGAUGUCAACGCCAUCUGCGUGGCACCCAACGACAAGUUGGUGGCAACGGCUUCACAGGACAAGCUUAUUAAGCUGUGGGACGCAGCAACAGGCGCCGAGCGCCAGACCCUGCGCGGUCACAAGCGCGGGGUCUGGUCCAUUGCAUUCUCCCCCGUCGACCAGCUUUUGGCGUCGGCUUCAGGUGACACGACCGUUCGCGUCUGGGCUUUGGCGACGGGAACCUGCCUGCGGACGCUGGAAGGGCAUUCCAACUCGGUGUUGAAUGUACGCUUUGUGACCCGAGGUCAACAGCUGAUUAGCAGCGGCUCAGACGGUCUGCUGCAGCUGUGGAAUCUCAAAACCGCUGAUUGCGCCGGCACCUUUGAUGCGCACGAAGACAAGAUUUGGGCAUUGUCGGCGGCGGAUCGUGAGGGAAAUGCCAUCGUCAGCGGUGCCAGUGAUGGAACGCUGGUUCUAUGGCGAGAUGACACACUGGAAAAGGAGGAUGAUGCCAAAGCCCAGACAGAGGAAGAAAUGCAGCUCAGUCAGGAAUUGGACAACCUGAUGGCAGCAGACGAGCAUGCUGAGGCCUUCAAAUUGGCUUUGCGGCUUGAGCGCCCACGUACCAUCCUCAAGCUGACGCGCAAUUUGGUUGAGCGUGAACAGGAGGAUGCACUACGAACUAUAAUUGCAGAUUUGGGUACAGAACAGCUGCAGCUUCUCCUGGGCUUUAUGAAGGAUUGGAAUGUGAACAGUCGCUCGGCGCUGCUUGCGCAAACGUUGCUGCACCACGUUUUAGCAACACACGAUGUUGCAAAGUUGGCGCAGACCCCAGCCCUGGGUCGCACCGUCAAUGCACUCAUUGCCUAUACCGAACGCCACUUUCAGCGAUUGCAGAAACUGGCUCAACAAAGCCAUGUAUUGGAUUUCGUGUGGCGCAGCAUUCGGUCACUGGAUACAGAUGAAUCAGAAAAGCGGCCAGCACUAGCCUCAGAUGCCGAGGUCGCUGCCAAGCGCCCUCAUUUGGGAGGCGCAAACUCCAAGCGUCUGUCAUAAGUCUGUGUUUGCCGCAAACAAGACUCGCAAGUGCCGACACACUUGAAGCAACCACAUUGCAACCGUCUAUCCCUUUCAGCAUGAUCUGCGUGCGGUAGAGUUUGGCUGAGAUGCAAGUUGUGAAUUGAAAUAGCAGUGGCAAGGUUAUGUCGUGUGGUUACUUUCUUCCCACCUGACGUUUUGACAUUCUCAAUUGGAAUUUCGUUC